AUCAAUUAUGCCAACUUUGAUACUGCCAUCAAGGAGAAGCUCGUGAUUGAUCUCAGAGGUUGGCCCAAGGACAUCCCAUUUCAAUCACCCACCAUCCUCAGUAACCUCAAUACUCUAUUAAAACUCCACAAUGUGUUGAAGAAUGGUUCCUGCCAUUGGUUCUGCAUGACGACACAUCAGUGA